CUUCCCACGAUCCACCACGGCCAGUCAAUCAUCGACAGGAAGAGUGAGUUUCAAGGACAUCUGGCUUCUAUUUGCCAUCAGAAACAGGUGCAGAUGGUUGUGAACAAGCUGAAGGAAAAUAACAAGAUAAAUUCCGCCAAACACAACAUCGUUGCCUACAGACUCGAGACUGGGGAUGGGAAGGUUAUUGGCGACUCAUUUGACGACGGAGAACACCAGGCCGUGGGCAGGAUGCUUCACGUCUUGGAACAGAUUGACGCGAGAAACGUGAUGGUGGUGGUUAUUCGUUGGUUCGGAAACAUCCUACUGGGACCGGAUCGCUUCAAACCCAUCAACACCUGUACUGGAGACAUACUGGAGGAGCAUGGGUAU